CUUCCGGUGCUUGCUGCGCUCGAUUCCGUUAGCGGCGGCUGUGUUCGCUCGGUUCUCGGCUCGGCGGCGGAGAUGGGGGAGGCGGAUGUGACACUGAGUCAGGCCGAAGAGAAGCCUCCGGACUCGGCUCUGGUCCCGGGAGAUGACUCGGUGGUUUGGAGUCACGAAGUGGAAGUUUGUCUUUUUCACGCGAUGAUCGGACACAAGCCCGUGGGUGUGAACCGUCACUUCCACAUGAUCUGCAUCAGAGACAAGUUCAGUCAGAACAUUGGACGUCAGGUGUCGUCUUCUGUUAUCUGGGAUCAUCUGGGGACCAUGUAUGACAUGCAGGCUCUGCACGAGUCAGAGAUCUUACCGUUUCCAAACACAGAGAAGAGUUUCUCUUUGCCCGAGGACAUCAUUCAGGAGGUCAAAGAAGGGAAACUAGGUUCAGAGGAGGAGAGUAAAGAGGAGUUCAGGAUGGAGCGAGAACCUCCAGCAACACAUGAAGAAGGAAGCAACUCGUCAGUGAAGAUGUCAGAGCGAACAAGCAGCAGUCGCGACAAAGAGAGAGAGCGAGAGAAGGAGAAGGGAGGGAGUGAAGGAGGAGCCCUGGGAGGGGGAGGAGCCAAGGAGGCAGAGAAGAGGAAGAGGAGCCGAGCAGCAGAGAAACUGCUGACAUCAUCAAAUCCUGCGAGUCCGGGAGGAGUCAAGAGGAGGCGCACCUGAGGGGCGAUCAACAACAGAGGGCUAAAAAAUAAGUUUAAAAAAGAAAAGAAGGCGGAGCCUCCAAACCUUGGACUUUGACUUUUGUGACCAUCUGCCGUCCGAUCGCCGCGCUGCCGCCACGACGCAGCCGGAGUGAUGUCAUGGCGUUUGACUCCGCGGCCUCUGAUUGGCUGCUUCACACCUGUCAGUCAACACCUGUCAUGUGACCUCAGUGGGAGGAAAUGACACGUGCAGACGCCGCAGUUAGCGCUUUUAUUUUUUAGUUUGUAUUUUUAAACGUUUGUUUUUAGAGAGCGAGGAAAUGUCGUACUUCAUUUUCGACGAGUCGUCGCGAUUUGUUUUGUUGUUACGAAACUGAUGCGCAAAAAAAUAAGUGUCAUGUUUACAUUUAUUCAUGUUCCGGGUGAAACUUAAAUGUUUCCUAUAAUGUCAUCUUUUUUAUUCUUAUUAUUAUUUAAAUUCUUUUUUUUAAUUUCAUCGACGCUCAGACACAAAUGCCUCCACACGUGACUGUGACAUCACGACAUGUGACAUCACAUCAUAGUCAUGUGACAUCCAGACACUGAUCUGUCAUCAAUUUUGUUGCCAGCAGCCAUUUUGUUUAUUUAAAAAACAACAACUCUAAACCCGCCCCCUUUCAGAUAACACAGCUGUGAUUGACCUGACAAACUCAAGCUCUGCCAUCGCUCUGAAUAAGCCCCGCCCCCUCCGGUUGUGUUUGCUUUGAUUAUGUUUCAAUUAUGAUGUCACAGGAAGAGGCGAACAUAUGACUUCAUACAGGCCAGGUUCCAUUUUUAGUGUUGAUCUUUUUUUUCUUUGUUCAGUUCACUGACGGAGUUUGAUCAAUAAACGACGAUCAGUAACAUUUGUUUUAUUUUUUUUUACACAAAUUUAACGAUGAUGUUUGUGUCAUUAAAGCUGAACUCAGAUCUGAAAA